UGGAAUACCUGAAUUUUAAUGAAACAUUGUAUUCGGCGUCGGGGAUUAACUCCCCCACAACGGAUGUACUCACAAUAGAGCUCCGGAACUUACAAGAUGACAGUUUUAACAUUCCAAACUCUACCACCCCUCCGUCCAAUACCAGCCUGGAUUCCAGGGACGAGACAACUAACUUACCCGGACUGGAUUACCAAAACUCUGAACGGUUAGUUGGGAUUUUCUUUCUGAUUAUAUGUACUAUUACGGGAAAUAUCACACUUAUUGUUGCGCUUACUUACAAGCGAUCUCGCCGGAUCAAACGGGUAAAUAUCUUCAUUGUGAAUCUUGCCAUCAGUGAUUUAGCUGUGGCUUUUAUAACUAUGACUUCGGAAAUUUUGUUCAUCGCGUUUGGAGAAUGGGUUCUGGGGCCUGUGUUAUGCAAAAUCAGCGUAUACCUGGAAGUUGUCACUCUGGCCGCUGCCACCUUUCUACUCACCGCCAUGAGCAUAGACAGGUAUCAGGUCAUCGUCAAGCCUCUCGAGUCGCUGACCAACAGGCCGAAGAUCUGGACUAAAGUGACACUUGCAUGGUGUUUAGCCUUCAUCUUUGCUAUUCCACAGACGCUCAUUUUCAGACAAGUCACUGAGUUUGACGAAAAAGAUGGCAGGCACAAGCACGCCUGUAAGAGCAAAGGAUACAAAGACGAAUGGCAACGAAAGCUUUACUUUACUUUUUUCACGUGCUACAUUCUUAUUAUACCCACCAUUAUCAUGACAUUUUGCUAUUUAAAAAUAAUGAAGGUGAUCUGGAGCCGGUCUGAGACUGGUUCCCAUGGUGGUAUAGAGAAGUGUAACGGUAAGAACCCUGUGUCUCCCCGCAUGUCCGUCAACAGGAAUCUUGUGUCCUCCUCCCGGAGGAAGGUUGUGAUUUUGACUCUCACCGUAAUCAUCGGCUUUCUUGUCUGUCUCACGCCUUACUUCGUCGUGUCUUUGGUUCGGAUCUAUUCCACUUAUAGGAUAAAACUGAAGGAUUAUCUGCCAGCCACAGAGAUGAUUUUCAUGCUUCACAGUGCACUCAAUCCUAUAUUAUUCGGAAUUUUCACCUUUCGUCUGGAGCACAUUUCGUGCCUUGUGCCUAAAAAGUGUAAGUCAUGUUUCUUUAAUGGUUUAAAAGAUGGCGUCGUGGAUACACCGACGUCACAAUGGAACGACAGAAAUGAUGUGAAAUUACGUCUGAUGGCGUCAGCCAAGAAACAUCAUCACUCUAUUCAAUCUUCCACCCCUCAAAAUGCCUUAAGUUGUGAUCUCAUCCGCGGGAAAACAGAAAACAGCUUAGUUUGUGGGGAAAGUGGGAAACCGCUGCUUUAUAAACCGGCAUUAAAGUCUGCCUUAAUGAUAGAUCGCAGAGAGAACGGCAACAUAACGCUGCACGUAAAAGCACCGUCUGAUCCUGGGACUGUUGACAAGUCACAGAGGGCCGCGAAGAAUAACUACCCGCCGGACUAUAGAUCUCUGUUUACCCAAGACAGAAAUUUGCUGACCUCAGAGGAUUAUCUCAAAACAGGCCAGGGCAGCGCAAUAAACACGGGACAUACUUGUAAUGACGCCAGCAGAGAAGUAAAGGAGUACGUGAGCUGUGUGUAAAACCAGUAGCAUCAAUACAGUCAAAGGUUCGUAUCCCAUUGUGUUGAGCCGCAAGGAUGGUGUAGAGAUGGUAGCAGAUGGACCUAAUCUAUACUAUAUUUCUGCGUGUUAAGCUCCCACGUUCAUCAUGUGACGUGGGGUGAAAGGAAAAGUCCAUAGGUAAUCACACUGGAGACGUCAAGUUGUGUGCAUUUCUCCUAACAGUAGACUGACCCUGUGUUUUCUCGCAUAUCACUCUCUAUACAUAAGUUGUAAGUCUUUACAAUGUACAUAUUAGUCUCACAUCAACGGAAUAAAGUUUUCUUAACUGUAAAGUUAUGCCCUUGGUUACUGGUAUAUAUGCAUAAUGUAUAAGUAAGGCGCUUGGAUGUAUAAAUUCUUUCUAUACAGCAGAGGAAAAUAUUUGGACGUGAAUGCUUGUCUAAAAUCCAAAUUUUCCCGACUAGCAGGAUGAACAAUCGUUUCCAGUUGAAGCGUUUUUCUGUAUUGUGCUUGCAUUGUGUCGGUAUAGUUUGGUCAUGUAGUAAGAAAACAAAACAGAAGAAUAAAAAACAAAACAAAAGCAAAAAUAGCCUCCAACCAAAUCAUCGUUUAACAGUAAAUCAUGUCCUGUACAUUACUUGAAAUUCAAGUUCUCCCAGAUUAGUUCGUCCGUUCGUUUAGCUUUUCAGUGCCAUAUAAAACAGGCAGUUUUAUGAUUUCCGUAUAA